AUGAUAAAGUCAUAUCUUCUUAAUUCAAGUGUAAAAGAUGCAAAACUUAACGUUAAACAUGAAAAUAAUAGUUACAUUUUUGAAUAUCCAUGUGUCAACUAUUAUGAAUGCACAGAUUACGUUCUUGAAAUGCAGCCUGGAAUCUAUAAGUUUGAACUUUAUGGUGCAUCAGGUGGCAGCGGCAGUGGGCAUGUUCCAUCAUAUCGAUUUACCAAUGGAAGCUGUAUUUCACAAGACAGAGUUAAGCGUGUGAAUGGAAAUACUGUCUGCAAACAAUUACCCAGUACUGGAGGUGCAGGUGCAUAUAUUUCUGGUUACUCAGUACUUUUUCAUCCAAUGAAAGCUUUUGCUACAAUUGGAGGAAUGGGAUAUUUUGAUCAAAGAAAUUCUAAUUAUUAUAAAUCUUUUAGUUUAUCUUGCAUGAAUCGAGGUGGUUAUGGUGGUGGUGGAAGUUCUCCUGGUUACGCAUCAGGAUCAGGAGUUGGCCAAACCGCUGUCAAAUUUGAGAAAAACGACCUUUUUCAUCGUGUAAUUGUUAGCGGUGGUGGAGGUGGUUUUGACAACGGUGAUGGCACAUUUCAACAGUCAGAUGAUGGCUCUGGAGGCGCAGGAGGUCUCGAAGCACAAGGAUUUUAUAUAUACGGUAUGUAUAUUGAAAAUUUAUCCGCAAAUUCUACUUUUGGAUUCAGUUUUGGGCAAGGCGAAUCAUCUCGCACAGAUGGUUCGAAGAAUCCAUAUGGAAUCAAAACACCACAUGGAUUCACAGACAGAGGAAGUGCAGGUGGUGGGUGGUAUGGUGGUUUUUGCAGUCAUCACAAUAAUGGCGGUGCUGGUGGAGGUUCUUCUUUGGUUCUGUCAGACAAUGCAAUUAUUCCGAAAGGAGAAUUGACUUUUUAUGACGAAAACUAUGAAGAAAUUGGUAAAGAUCGCUAUGCAUAUGAUACUUCAGCAUCAUUCAAGUUUUUCGAUGUUCAGCAUGAGUCAAGUGUAUGGGAAGGACACGGAAAACUAAUUAUAACAUACUAUCCUCUAACUAGUCAUUGUUUAGAUUAUAUCCAUUUUAAUUGUAAUGCUAUUAUGUAUGCUUGUAGUCUUUCUUAA